AUGAUUUUGGCGUUCGACAUGGACUUUGUUCUCGAUAUCAACGAUGAUUUUAUGGAGCUUAAGGAUCCCAACGUGAUUCCUGGGGUUGUGCAGUACGAAAAGGGGGUUCAUGUCUAUCAUAAGCAAGAUAAAAGUAAGUUUUUGAUAUUUCUGAGUUCUUGGUUUAGGAAUGGAGUUUUAUAAGUGUUUUUGACAGCCGUUUUUUAAAUGUUUUAGGUGAAAAGAGGAAUUAUGGACAAAUCAAGAAUGAUCGCUAUAUCGUUAGAGCUGACUUGAAGGAUCAUGAACAAUCUUUCAAGCGGAAAGGUAAUUUUUUGGCGUUGAAAUUAAAAAUCAUUGUUGUAAAAUCUUAAGAAGAUUGUUUUUGUGCUAUUUCUGUUUAGUUUGAGGUAGUUAAGGAUUUUAAUGACUAUAAAAUUAUCUUUUGUUAGGUUAUACUUACUAUAAUAUAUUUUCAGGUUUGGAAAUCAUUUCCAAAGGCCAAUUGUGUGUUCUGGUGUUGUGUGGAGGACAAGCUACUCGUUUGGGAGCUGACAGACCUAAGGGAACUUUUGAUCUUGGUUUAGAGGGACCAAACCAGACCUUGCUUCAACUUCAAGCUCUUCAAAUUGUUCGUCUAAAGGCUCUAGCCAAAAAGCUCUAUCCUUCGUCAACUCCACGGAUUAUGUGGUACGUUAUGGUGAGCAAAAGUACCAGGAGUCUUAUUGUACAACAUUUGGGCGAGAUUCGCAAGAAGCUGGAUAUGGAUUGGGACGAUAUUGUUGUGUUUGAGCAGAAGGAGAUCCCAGCUUUAAGUUUUGAUGGCCUUCCGUUCAAACAAGAAGACGGCAAUAUUUUUUUGGCACCGAGUACGUGUUCUUUGUUUUUUCAGUAUUUAUGUUUAAAUUGGAAGGCAGAAACUGGUUAUUUCUGCACGAAUUCGAUCAGUAGACUUAAUUUAUAUUGUUUUAGAUGGAAACGGAGGAAUUUACGACUCUUUGAAGGAACAUAUAAUCGAUAUGCAUUUCGCAGGUGUAAAAUAUGUUCACGCUUAUUGUGUAGAUAAUAUUUUAUGCCGUGUAGGUGAUCCUGUAUUCUUGGGGGCUGUUGCGACGCAACUUGCUGACUGUGCAGCUAAGGUAUGUUAACAUUGAGUUUUUGUUUAAAAAGUAAAUUAAACAGAUUUUUAACUGUUUAUAAUGUGUUCAAAGAUAUUUUUAAACGCUUUAUUAAGAGUCUUGGGCUAAAAACAAAGUUAUAUUAAUAAAUAUUGUUUUAGGUGGUGGAAAAGAAGGAGCCAUCAGAGAAAGUGGGUGUUAUCUGCACGGAAAAAGGACGUCAUACCGUGGUUGAAUAUUCAGAACUUCCUCAAGAGCUGGCCACACAAAGAACUGAAGAUGGAAAGCUUAAAUUCAGAGCCGGAUCCAUUGCCAAUCAUAUAUUCACCUUGGAUUUUUUGAAGAAAGUAUGUGAAGUGCCAUUGCCAUACCAUAUUGCGAGAAAGAAGGUGCCAUAUUACGAUGAAGAGAAGAAGCAACAAGUUACACCUACUGAACCGAAUGGAGUAAAGCUUGAACGAUUCAUUUUUGAUGUUUUUCAGGCAUCUGAGUAGGGUUUGAAGAGCUUUUUAGGUGGUUUAGGGGGCUUUUUUUCUUGGAUUUUUGGGUUUUUGGAUGUUUUAAAGGCUUUUUCAUUCGUUUUAAGGGGCUAUUUCUUUAAAUUUGGGGUAUUUUUGAUGCCGAUAUAAUCUUUUUUGGUAUUACUAAUCAGACUUUGAUAAGACUUUUGUAAAAUUUUAGGUGUAUCUCGAAAAACGGCAUAGAUUUUUGCUAAAACUAUCAAUUCUUAUCAUUUUUAGAAGUUUUAUGGUAUACCAAGUCGAAAGAUCAGAUGAAUUCUCCCCUCUCAAGAACGCCGAUUCAGUAGGAGUCGACUGUCCAUCAACCUGUCGUGAAGAUCUCAAAACCCUGUACCGGAAGUGGCUUCAGAAGGCUGGAAUUGAUGAAGCCGAAUACACGGGAUUUGAAUAUCUGACACCUUACUUGACCUACGAAGGAGAAGAUCUCACUUUGGAGAGAUUUCAACAAGCAAAACAGGAGAUUAAGGCCAGUUCUGAAUAA